UUCUGCGGCAUCCCUCUCUCUGUAUGCGGGCCUGCUGCUGCUGCUGCUGAGGAGGGCGGGCCUGAGCACGAUGAGCAUAUCUCGGACAGUAAACUAACUGAUGCGACAUGCACACACUUGAUUUCAACAUGCUGCUCGCUUUAACUUCGUUUGCACUGAUUUGAUUUGGGAAUGGCACGCUAAGCUGCACGCUGAACACAGGCCCGGUCCACUGUCUGGAGACUGACCUCGGGUAAACCCUCAGAGGCUCUUCGGACUUUGGGGAUACUCUAUUCUGCAGCAGAGCCGUGUUUUGGCGCAGCACGGAAACUCUGGUGCAACACAAAGGGGGGAUGAUCUCCAACUCAGCAGACAGCGCGGAGUGAAACUACGACUUUCUGAGACACACACAACUCGGUGCAAGAUGAUGUCACUGAUAGAUCUGGACGAUGAUCAGCGAUGGGUGCCCACCCAUGUGAAUGUCACCGUGCUCCGGGCCACAGGACUGCGAACCAAGGGCAAGCAUGGCAGCCGAUACCUCUACACCAUCAUCCAGGUGGGGAAAGAGAAGUACACCACCGGGCUGGUGGAAAAGGCGGAGGUGCCCGAGUGGAACGAAGAGUGCUGCUUCGAGCUGCUGCCCGGGAUCCUGGAGGACGGCGGCCGGGGCGAUUACCCCCCGGGGAGUGGGGACCUGGUGCUCACUGUCAUGCACAGGGUGCUCAUCGGACUCGACGUGUUCCUCGGGCAAACCGUCAUUCCUAUUGAUAAGAUAUUUCAGGAGGGAAUCUGUCCUCGAGAUGAAUGGUUCAAGCUUAACUCCAAGGCGGGCAGGAAGGAGAAGGACCGAGGCAGGCUUCAAGUCACAGUCCAAUUCACUCGCAACAACAUGACAGCCAGCAUGUUCGACCUCACCAUAAAGGACAAGCCUCGCUCUGCUUUUGGAAAGCUCAAGGAUCGGGUCACUGGGAGGAAGAGGGGGGACAUGGAGUCUUCCUCAGCUAUUGUUCCUGGCCGCUUCGCCGCCCUGUCAGGAUCCCUUGGGCAGCCGUUUGAGGAUGGGGGCGGAGGGCCGGUCGAGACUCGAGAGGUGGAGGUAGCAGAGGAGAAGAGGAGCAAGGUGAAAGAUUUCUUCAAAGGGAGGCUGCGAAAGUCUUCUGACACCAGGUCAUGCUCCUCCCUGGCUUCAGAGAGCAGUGUGUCUUCCAUGGCCAGUGAUAACCCGGGCCCCCCACCCAGCCUGGAUCUGAUGUCAGACCCUCCCAGCUCUCCCAUCUACACCAGCAGAGUGAGAGUGGACCCCCAUUACGGAGAGACAGCUUUAGCUAAAAAGGUGCUCACCAGCCAGCACACCACAAAUGUGUUCACUCACAAGCGGGCCUUCAGCGAUGAAGCCAGUAAGAUCACAACAGCCUUCCCUCGACCAAACCUUGCAGUGGAGUCUCUGAAGGGCCAGACCAUGACUCAGUCCAAGUCUUCCUUGUGUAUAAACGGCAGCCAUGUCUACGACUCCGAGCCAUCGACUCCUAAGAGCUUAGGAACUCAGCAGUCCCGGCUGGUGCUGCUGGAGAAAUGCUCUCCACUCUCUCGUUCCCUACAGAACCUCACUAAGAAAAGCGAUGACAAAGGUAACUUCAGCGAGGGCCGACGCUGGUCCUUUGACAAGACAAAGAAAGAGGAAAAGGAGGAUGAUAAGGAAGCUCAGGCGUCGUCUCAAGCAAAUCCGCAAGCUCAGGCAGAGUUGUCAGCCGUCUCCUCUGUUUCUCCUGACAAAGGGAGGAAGCUAAGAAAGACGUUAUUCUCUGGAGGGAGGAGUGAUUCUCUCCCAGCUAAGUCCGACAUGAACCAGGCUGGUUCGACUUCUGAGGGGAAGCUUAGAGGCUGGUUUGGCUCCAGUGAAUCCCAGAACAAGCCAAGGCUGGAAGUUUCUCCUAAGGUAGAAAGCAGCUCAGACGUACCCCCUCCCCUCCCUCCUCGCUCCCCUGUACCCCUUCAGUGCUCCUCUCCCUCCGCCUCCCCCUCCGAUCAUGCCUCACCUGAUGACUGCAAUCACACCAAUCCCUUCACCCCCGCUUCCUCUCCCUCCUCAACCCCCAUCUCCCCCUCUAACCCUUUCCCCUCGCAGCGCAACCCUUUUUUCGAGGAUCUCAUAGCCGAGGAGUCACAGAGGUCCCCUACUUUUGCACCUAGCUCCUCAUCCAACUCCUCCCCCUUUCAUUACACCACCCUACCCUGCACACCCAGCCAUGCUCGGGAUGUUAAAGCUACAAAUAUGGCUCACAUAAGGCGGGAGCGCCCCCGGCCAGUUGCUAGGCAGAUAUCUCUUCCUGCAAUAAUCCCCAAAGCAGCCACUUCAAAAGCCUCCACCCCUCGCUCCAUGUCGGAGAGUACAGGAGAAUGGGAUGACUCUUUCGAUGCCUUCGCCUCCAGCAGGCUCUACUCUCCUAAAGAUAGUCUCCCUCAAAAACUUAGAACCAGUCAAACAUCUCACAGUGAUCUUCCAGUUAAUAACAACACCAAUAAUCAUGCACACGAGCUGCAAACAUGCGAAGAGGAGCCUCCACCUUUGCCUCCAAGGAGACCUGUAAGAACUUCAGUGAAUGAGAUCUACUCCGAUGGCUGGCUGCACAGAGGGCAAGAGCUGGCUGUCCAUAAAGAAGCCUACCUCCUGUCUCAGACCGGCGUGGCCUCACUGCAGCGUGGAAGAGAAGCAGAAAGCAAGAGGAACAGUAUAUCUCCGGACCCUCACACCAGCAGUGAGACCUCAGACUCCCUCAGCGCUAACUCUCAGACGUACACAAAUAUUACUCCACCAGGGUUCAUGACAGAUGAAAAGCUAAAAAAGUUCAAAUAUGAACCUUUGGAAGAUGACACUGACCGCUGGGGAGGGAUGCUGUUUGAGCAAGACUUGUACGGACGCAUGUGCAGAGGAAACUACGGACAACCCAAAAUAAAUCGCUUACCGUUGAAUGUUGAAGAGACUGCUGGAAAUAAGGUGACAUCUGUAAACUCAGGACCUAAAAUACUUCUUGAUAGUGAGGUAUCUGUAGCAGACCUUUUAAACAUGGCAAGUACUUCCUCAAAACCAGAUGCAAAAGCACUAGAGAUUACCACCACUGGAGUAGCAGAGCCAGAGUCCAAUCCGCCUGAAAGCACAUGCAUGAACAAUAAUGUGUCUUUGUCUCAAACGUUGGAGGAUCUGAACAUGAAUGUGAAUAAUUCAGAUUUUGGCUUCAUCGAUUCAGAUAGCUCAACGCAUUCAGAGGUAAUGGACCCUCUCAAAGGCAUUAGGAGUUUUGGAGGGACUUUCCCACAACCGCUAGAAGCUUCACAGAUAGCUGCUUACCAUGUGGGGACAGUGACCACACCUGAGGAACUGUUCACCUUGAAGGACACCUACAUACCGGAGACAAACUCUUCCUUUGAGAUACCUGCAUCAUCCAGCGCACUGUUCAAAGUCUCUCAUGUUUACCAAAACAAUUGCCAAGUUCAGCUGAAUAACGUGGCACCACAUGGUAACUCCAGGGUGAAAAGCAGAGAAACUGAGUCCAGAGGGGUUACUGCAAGAAGUGAUGUGGAUUUUAAAAAGACUGAAAAGGAGUUUGAUGAUAACGGGAACCCACAAGCUAAAACAGGCGCACUUUACCAAAAUGACCCAUUUCCUGGUGUGGUUAGUGCACGUUUGAGGCCGAAAGGACUUUCCAGACAAAACAGCAGUGGCAGCCCAAGCAACCAUAGCAGAAAUGGAGACAGAGAGUUCGAACAGUUUUUGUCCCUCGUUCAAAACAUUUCAGAAGUCAGAGAAGGACCGUCAUCAUAUCAGCCCUCUAAAUCAGCUCUCUCUUCGUUACUGUCAUUAGUAGAUAGCACCGUACAUCAAAAUGAGUCCAAUGCAACGUCCCAGAUAUCUUCAAAGGACAACACAAGAGUAAAAUCCUCUGAUAUCAGUUUUGAAGACCUUCACGCUAAAGUAGCACCAAACUCAAGAACCCCUCUUAAGUCAAAGAUUGGAGAAUCUUUGGCCUCUUCCUCCUCCAUCCUGCGCACACUCUCCCUAUCAGCUGACGCACAGGCUAAGCCCCACCCUACCCUUGUUUGUUGCCCCUCCAUACAUCCCUCAAGCAUGGGGCCUGGAGCCAGCACUACUCUGGCAGUGGCCCCCUUCACCUCCACCUUCUCCACCACCUGCACCACCGACAAGCCCCUGGUUGAUGCACGGCACUCACUUUUGCCUGAGGAGACUCAGCCCGCUAGCAACCUGCCCCGUCAGGAGAGCAGAACUCAUCCAGUGAAACCGUUAACUUCCAGCCAAUCAGAGAAAAAGGAGGGCCGGUCGGUCCUGGAUAAGCUGAAGUCUACCAUCCACCCUGGACGCACCGCCCACCAGGCUGCUGCAGAACCUGAGAGGAGUCAGGAGGUGAGAGUCGACAACUCAGCGCAUUAUCAGCAGCUGACCAACAUGGAACUGAUCUCCCUGCUGUUGCAGCAGGAGAUGGACAUGCAGAAGCAGGACUCGGCCUAUGAGCAGCAGGCAGCACAGCUGCACAAGUGUGAAGCUGAGCUGAAAAAGGUCAAGUUACAGGUUCGAGACCUGGAGGACUACAUUGAUAAUCUUUUACUGCGCAUCAUGGAGCAGACACCAACGCUGCUUCAAGUCAAAAGACACAAGUGACAAUGCGACAUACAAUCCUGCAGAAUGUUGAACUCAUGAGGGGGUGCAUAAUGCAGGGUUAGUAUUCAGAUUGGGUAUCACUGUUCUAGAGACAGUCAAAGAAAUGCUCCUCAAAAUUUGAUCUCACAAUCAAACAGGUCUUCUCAGUGCUAAUACUGCCUUGUUGAUGUAGACACAAUAUUACCCAAUAUGCAUGCUGGUUUCUCUCCUGAUUUGGCACCAAACAAAACAAAACAAAAAAACAUGAUCAAUUACUAUGAGGAGUAAAAGCUCCUAUCAUACCAUAAAGGUAAUUUUACUCAUGCUUUGUAGAAUAAUUUAAGGUAGGCUGUUGUCGAUUUAAAUUUUGAACUCACUGCUUAUACACAUGCAUAAAAUAAAAUACAGGCUAGAGGUGACACUUUUGCAGAGUGCAUUUAACUAUAAAAAAUAAAGUAGAUCCUCUGGCAAAAUAUGAUCUUAGCUCAAGUAACCUACAUUUGCAGCUGUUCAAGUGCAACACUACAUCUCCACAAAAGAUUUUCACCUCCCACUGUUUUAUGAAAUUGUGCAAGGUUUACUUGAGGUAAUGCAUAUGUUCAAAUUUAGGAAAUGCUACAAAAUGUGCAUAUGAAAAUACUGCGCUGCAUAAUAUAAAAGUCAUUUCUGCAUUAACGUCGCUUUAUGAUAAUCAAAAAACAACAAUCCUGGUUGAAAAGACUAAAGGAGAUGAAGACUUAUUGUCUGUGUUUUUACUUUUACAAAAUCCUUUAGUUAAAGUCUUAUUUUUUGUUACAUGCAAAAAGGUUUAAUAUAUUUUGUAUGUAUUGUUUGUCUUUUUCAUUUUCUUUUGUUUAAACUAGCGACAUUUUAUUGUAGAAAUAAAACAGCGUCAAUGCAUAAGAUAUUAUAAGUUAUUUCGAUAAAAUACUUUUGUCACGAUAAUAUAUUAUCUUAUGUCACUCCAGUACCACUGUAGCUACUUGCAAUGCUUUACAUGACCUUAGUACUGUACUGUAAUAAAAUAAUGUGCACAUGAGCCAAAGUGUCGGGUCAUUUUU